AUGGGUAAUUGCAUUUCUGGGCGUGAUAAAAAUACGGCAUCUCGAUCACUUUCAUCAAAAGAUAAUGAAAAAAAGUCAUCGCAACAAAAUAUAUCUAAUGAUGAGGCGAAAAAAUAUCCACUGCCAAAUACCGACGAUGAAAAUGAUCGAAUGACCUCCCAACAUUUUCUGCAAGUAUUUUAUUUAUUUCUAUCUUUUCAUCAUAAUAAUGAUUUGUCAGGUGAUAAACUAAGAUCGGGAAGAGCCCGAGUACUAGAUAUCGGUUGUGGGCCGGGUACUUGGGUUCUCGACAUGGCAAACGACUACACAUUAUCACAAUUCACGGGUGUUGAUAUAUCGGCAACGUUCCCGAACAGUGUCAAACCAAUGAAUGUGAAUUUUGAACAGUGCGAUGUAGUGAAUGAAAAGUUACCCUUUGAAACGGAUACUUUUGAUUUAAUCCACGUUAGAUUUAUGGGUAGUUGUUUUACCGAGGUGGAGUGGAGUGAACGUGUUAUACCAGAUUUGUUUCGUGUGUUGAAGCCAGGCGGGUAUAUCGAGAUAAUGGAUUUGGACAUGAAAGCGAUGAAUGAAGGGCCGUCGACUAAUGAAUUAUUAUCUGCAAUUCAAGCACAAUUAACUUCCAAAAAGAUCAACCCAAUAAUCACUCCCCUAUUGGACAAAUUCCUCGAAAGCGCUGGAAUCGUAGACAUUGAUAUCGAAGAAAAUUGUCAUCCGAUUGGCGAAUGGGGCGAUAAACUUGGCGUGAUAGCACUUAAUGAUCUUUCACAAUGGUUUAAUCAACUGAAAUCAGAGUUGGCCCCGUUCAUGCGAUUGAGCGAUGAGGACUAUGACGAGAAAGUCGGGGAAUUUCGACGAGAAGUUAAUAAUUUUCAGACUUAUUGGUUAGUAUAUAGAUUAUUAUUCUUCUAG